AUCCCCCAGUGCGCCGGCUGCAACCAGCACAUCCUGGACAAGUUCAUCCUCAAGGUCCUGGACCGGCACUGGCACAGCUCCUGCCUCAAGUGUGCCGACUGCCAGAUGCAGAUCGCCGACGGCUGCUUCUCCCGGGCCGGCAGCGUCUAUUGCAAGGAGGACUUCUUCAAGCGCUUCGGGACCAAAUGCACGGCCUGCCAGCAGGGCAUCCCUCCCACCCAGGUGGUCCGCAAAGCCCAGGACUUUGUCUACCACCUCCACUGCUUCGCCUGCAUCAUCUGCAGCCGGCAGCUGGCCACCGGCGAUGAGUUCUACCUGAUGGAGGAUGGGCGGCUGGUCUGCAAGGAGGACUAUGAGACUGCCAAGCAGAAUGAUGACUCUGAGGCGGGUGCUAAGCGGCCCCGGACCACCAUCACGGCCAAGCAGCUAGAGACACUGAAGAACGCCUACAAAAACUCCCCCAAGCCUGCACGGCAUGUACGGGAACAGCUUUCAUCUGAGACGGGACUUGACAUGAGGGUGGUGCAGGUGUGGUUCCAGAACCGCCGGGCCAAGGAGAAGAGGCUGAAGAAGGACGCGGGGCGGCAUCGCUGGGGACAGUUCUACAAGAGUGUCAAGCGGAGCCGUGGGGGCGGGAAGCUGGCGAAGGAGAGCUCG